CGAAGAUCCGUCCCGUGUAGACGUGUAGCUCCGUGUUCGGGAAAUGUGCUUGAUUUGGUAACUGUAAACAUGUAUCGUGUGGGAAAUAGUCAAUGUAGAAUAACAUGCGCGCUUGCGGUGUUAUUGAGCAUCAUCAGCAGUACUUACAGCUUGCAUUUGAAAGGCGUAUGGAACACGGAGGAUGAGUUUUUCCAUUUCCUUGCAAAAUUUGGCUUUCAAAAAACGACUCCCCACGAAAGAGAACUUACCGAGGGCUUUAUCUUUGGAAAUAUUACAUCUCUGAGUAGCAGUGUGGCUCCAGGCGGCCAAGGAAUGCUGGUGCUCCUCCCGAGGCAGUAUUUUGUGGACUUCUACAGGAACAGAACCAAGGCCACGACUGACCCUGACCUCGCCUGCCAACUCAUGUUCAAGGAGGUGCAGAAGGAGGCUUACGAUGCCAAGUGCCACGAUGCCGGGCGCGAGGACUUCCUCAGGCACCUGCCAUGCCCCAAGGACGGCCAUAGCCCCCUACUAUCAUGGCUCGGGCCCCCACCUCAAGCUCACACAGCCCAUCUCGUCCUCGGGGACAUGGCCGAAAACCUUUUCCUGUCUACGUCUCGCCGGGUCCUGUCCUCGGGAACCUGCUACCAUACUCCCGCAGAAAUAAAGCGUAGAAUUUGCGACAAUUUUAACUCUACACCGAAGAACCAGACCAAGUACCAUCCAAGUGGAGACACGUCCUCCCCACCGGCGGCAACCGUUCGUAUGAGGAUCGAUGCCGAAGCCGUGGUUGUCGAGAGCGUCCGGAUGCGUGGCUGGGCGGUGUUAUGGACAUUCACGCGCCUGAAUUUAGAGCUUGUGACGUCACGAAUUGGUUCACUACGUGGAUACGGGAAAUCUGCAAUUUUCCGCGAAUAUAGAACGCUAAGUCUCAGUCCUUUUAAUAGGGGAAAAUAUGAGGGACCGGCACCUGAUACUGGUGCUGGAGCGAUGCCCGUCCUUGAGGCGAUGCUGAUGAAGUUCUGGUACCUGAGCCUGGUCGCAUGUGUCCGCAACUCCUCCUGCUCCUGGCAGCAUGUACGUAAACCUGUGAGAAUGGAGUAUGAUAUAAAUAUUGUCAAUGGCAAUCCUAAUGGUGCAGACCACAACCCUUUUGAGUACCACUUCUCUUUUGACAAGCAGGACACAGUAGAAAUAUAUCUGGUAUGUGUGGUACUCUACGGCUUUUUGUUGGUGCCACUACAGGUGUACGCAGCAUGUCGCCAGAUCCACCCCAUCACCCGCCUGUUCACAGCCACCCUCAUCAUGCAACUUGCGGGCCUUCUCUUUGACACGCUGCACCUGCUAGUGUUUUCAUUUGAUGGGGAAGGCAGUGAAGGAGUCAACAUUGUGGGUGACCUCUUUAACAUUUUGGCACAGUCAUUGUUUAUGAUGUUACUACUGCUGCUGGCCAAAGGAUGGGCUAUCACACGCAUGAUGCUAACUCAACGUCUCCUCUUGUUCUCACUCUGGGCACUCUACUCCAUCCUAAUUCUCACACUUUACUUCUGGAAUAUGAUGGAGGUGGAUGUAAUAGAAGACAUAGACGAGUAUCAGACGUGGCCGGGGUGGUUAACCUUGGCAUUGCGCGUACUUAUAAUGAUAUGGUUCCUGGUUGAACUGCGCAACACGAUGACCUACGAGCAUAAUUCCAACAAACUUCAUUUCUUCUUGCACUUUGGGGCUGCUUCUCUUGUCUGGUUCAUUUACUUACCUGUUGUGGCUCUGAUUGCUCUACAGGUGUCCCCACUUUGGAGAUACAAGCUCUUGUUAGGUUUCACAUACUCAGCUGAUUUACUAGCCCACUCAUUCAUGACCUAUAUGUUGUGGCCCGAGCGAUCAGAGCAGUAUCUUCUCCUUGCGCAUGAAGCAGACCUCUCAGAUGAACUGGAUGAGUUCAAUGAAGCACCACACAUCCUCAACCACUCCUCGCCAUCACUCCUUACCCCAAUGUUUGACUAUGACACUGAACCACUCAAGAUCAACACCUGAAAACAGAACAGAACACAUGGUGCCAAAGUAACUUGUAUAGUGUUACAGUUGCCAGUAGAAUAGAGAUAUUUUUUAGCUGUAUCUUCUGAAAUGAUCCUGCGUUAUAAGCAGAUGGUUAGUAAUAAGAUAUAUAGUUGAAUUCCUUCAUUCACAGAGGAAGAUGUUGCACACACCAUGCAUUCACAGAGUAUUAUUUUAUUGUUUCUCAUCCCUUUGUUGUACUGCUGAACAGAAUCUAAAGACAAUUGUCUUUUGUACACUGGUUGUAAGGUACAGUAUUUACUAUAGACCAAAGAAAUAUAUAAAUUGGCUCUAAGAGAGUGCUUAAGAGUAUUUUUUUUUCAAGAAAAAAAGGAUCAUAAAGUCUUAUUUUCUAGAUUGUUUAGGGCCACUAUAUGUAUAUUUGUUUUUAGUAGGUCCCUCCACAGUAUCUGUGAAAGAAAGUAAACUAUGUAAAAAAAAUAAUUGUUAAUAUACUGCCCUACUGUGGUACCAUAUUUAUUUCAGUUAUUCAUACAGCAUCCACUUCUGUGCGGGAUGAUAUGAUUUGUGAUAUUUUAAUUAUUAAUAUUACUCAAAUAAGGGAAUAUUAUUGUUAUAAGAUUUUGCUGUUAUGUUCCAUAAAAAAAGAGAUAGAUUGGUGAUCUAGUUUUUCAGAAAAAUGUACUUACUAUUCAGAUACUUUUUAUUUGUUAUUAAAAAUGAUCAUAAGGAUAAUCUUGUAUUACAUAUUAUACAUGGAUGUGUAAAUAUGGUAUUUUGAUGUUUUGUUUACAUGAACAUUUUUACUUGUGUACUUUGCAUAUUUUAAGUAAUAUUUGAUAUAAAAUGUUACCAGAACUUGAGAAUUUUAUUUUGUUAGAUAACCAAUUUUUCUUUUGAUAUCUUUUCCUCUUCAUAUUUAGAAAGGUUUGAAACUAGCCAUAGUAUUUUCUAUUAGAUGAUUUUUUUUGUAUAGAUUAUAAUUUGAUUUCCUUUUCACUCUGUUUUAUGCAUUAAUUUUUGUUUCCAUGAUUGAUGAGUAUUAUUGUAUCAUUUUAAUUGUUACAUGUUUUUGUUUUAAUCCUGGGUCACUUGUUUUUGGGUUAUGAAUCUCAAGGUUACUGAUUUGUUUGCAUUUCAUUGUAUGUAUGUAAGAGUAUCAACAUAAUGUUAUAGCAUUUUCUUUGUGAUUAGCAGUUAAGUAAGAUAGCAUUGUUCAUUCCAGUUGUACUAGUAAACCAUAGCUAACCUCUUCAUUCCUCUAUUAAUCAUAUAAAUAUAUUUGUGAUUUGCAUAAGUCAAAUGUUCUUUAGUUAACUAAGAUUACAUACCUUGUAUCCAUCCAUAAUGUCUUAGUUAAUGUCAUUUAUUUUGAAGUUACACAAACUUGCAUAUCUAAGUAUAGUAAGCUUAGUGACUGAAAAAAAGGAUUUGAGAUUUUUAUAAGCAGCUUUAAUAUAACUAAACAACAAUACCAACUAACGAAGUUGGAAGGUAAUAAGAUACUGCAAAAUUGAUCAAUAUCAAGCAUUCUCUUCAAACCUCAAAUGGUACUGCUCUAAAAGCAAUAUGUAUAUACAAACACAUUUCUCAAUUAGCAGGUAGGAGUUCAUUAUUAAUGUACUUGGCUUUGAUUAUCAUGCAUUUCAUCUAUAAGCAAAAAAGGCACUUAUUUUGAAAAAGACUAAGUUUCCAUUUUUGAACAAAAGGGUUGUGAUGUCUAUUUUUUAAACUCAGAAAAGAUUGUAGUUGUGUAACAGACAACAAAAAUAGGGUUCUACAUAUACCAAAUACAUUCUUCCAAGGUUUUUUCGAAAGUUGUAUUAGGUGCUGUGUCCUGUGCCAAUAAAGAGUAUAUAAGAGGGAAAAGUUGUUGUUGCAGUUUAAAUCUGAAUAAUAUUUCCCCAGACUGAUUGUAAUAUAAAAUAUAAUGGUAAUUCAUGUAUUUAACACAUGAAUAAAACUACAAUAUAUUCCCUGUGUGUUUGUGUCUGUGUGUGUCUUGUCCUUCAUGCAUGCACAUUUAUGGGUAUGCCUGGGUCUUUUUUUUCUUUUCUUUUUUUAAGUUUUAUGCCAUGCUAAAGUUAUUACUAUGUAUGAUUAUCGAUAACAGUGUUUGAUAGUCUGAUUAAUCUGAUAACAAUGUAUGAUACUGCACUACAUUUAUUAAAGACACAGUAAUUUGAUACAGAAUGAGAUUACGUUAAAGAUGCUUAUUAUGUUUAGGAAAAUUAAAUGACGUCUUAUAGUACUGUUAUUUAUCUGUAGAUUAAUUUAUUUGUUAAACUGUAGAGUUAAAACUCCUGGAUACUCUACCACAUGUAGAAAGAUUAUUUCUGUGUAAAUCAUGUAAGGAUUGAGUAUUAGGCCUUGUAGGGUUCUAUCAUUAUUUUUCUGUUUUGUCCACUGAAAACAUUUGUAAGCUCAAAGAUUUCAAAAUUAUACUGUGAUUAAUUAAU